AGGGAGGCCCUGGCCCGAGGAGGGCCGCCAUGGGGGAGAGGGGGGGGGCGAGGCCGCGGCGCUGCCCCAACACGCCUGACCUAACCCCAGCCGUGGGCGGGCGGCCGAGAUGGCGCUGUUCGACUUCGACGGGCUGGAGGACGCCGCGGCCGCCGCCCAGCAGGGCGGGCGCUGGCUGGCGCUGCAGCCUACGGGCGACGUCGCCAGCCGCCUCUGCGCCGUGGCCAGCGCCGAGCUGCUCGCCGCGGACACUGGCCGCGAGCUGGUGGUGCGCUGGGCGCCCGAGAUCGCCUGCGACGCCCCGUGGCGGCAGCUGUUCCGGCCAGAGCACGGGCCGCGCCAGCUGCUCGGCGGGUGCCAUGGGCACAGGAGCUGGAGCCCGCCCUCCGGGCUGCGGACGAGCUGCUCGGCUGGUGGGACAUCGGACCGGGCGUGCCGCUCGGAGCCGCACCCCGAGCUGCGGGGGCCCGCGGUGGAGCGCUUCGGCCAGUGCCACCGGCUCCACCUCCACGCCGAGCUCGCGGCCCUGGGCUUGGGCAGCGUGGAGUUCCAGGUCAUGGAGGACCGCGACUGGGGGCGGAGCUUCUUCCCGAUGAGCGAUGAGCCGGGCGCCCUCAUCAUGGGCCCGUCGGGGUGGCAGGGCGGCAGCUGGUGGACGGAGAUCCCAAAAGGCUGCCGUCUGCUUCACGUGGUGUGGGACCUUCGAGGCAGCCGCAGCCUCGAGUGGACCUUCUUCGGGCGCAACGGGCGCCCCCUGAAGCCCCCUGUACUGGAAGGUCCCUUCUUCCUCGCCGGUUCGUGGAACUCGUGGCAGGAGUUCGCCGAAUUUGUUCCGCAGGCUGGCGACGGCCCCCCCUACGUGGCCAGCGUCGAGGUAGGCCCCGGGUGGAAGAAGGAAAGGUUCGAGGAGUUCAACAUCUUGCAGGGCCAGGACUGGGGCCGAUGCUUCUAUCCAGCGAGGGCGGGGUCCAAGAAGAUCCACGGACCAGUCGACGGGUCGUGGGCGCCCGUCUGGCGCGUGCGGGUCGCGCCGGCCUGCAUGCGGCUGCAGGUGGUCUGGGACCCGCGCGGCGCUCGCAGCGUCGGGUGGCGGCUGCUGGGGCAGACCGGCGAGGAGGUGUCGACAGCGCCGCCGCAGCGCUGGACCCCGAAGAAGAUUGGCGGCUGGAGGAUCAGUGGGGAGCUGGGCAGGGGCUGGGCCGGCGGAGUCGUCUACACAGCGGAGUGGGAGGGC